ACGAAGUGUCACAUGCUCCUCUGCACUCUAUGGGCUGCCAAAACACAGACGGGCUCAGUCAUAUCCUGGAGGCUGAUAAUCAUUGAAGAUAACUGAAUGGCUCCACCAUCAAACUGACACGGGUGAUAACUUUGAGAAACAUCAGCUGCCUCCUGACUGGGACUUAAGAGACUGGACAUUUCUGAUCAGCAUAGAUCAGACUGGGAUCCAGAGAGGUGGAGACUUAAUUUUCUGGGGAGCGUGCGGCUUGGCAGGCCGAGCUACAGCCUGUUGACUAAUGGCGAUUAACACUGAUGUCGAGGACUGGGGCGCAGUUGGGAGUAAUGACUCAGGGGAAAGGGCGUGGCUCUUGCAGAGCCCCAGCGUGGAUUCUGUCCGGCAUCUUGAGACAGACACAGAUAGGAGCGGGGGGGUGUCGUCUUGGGCAGCGGUCUUCAUUGUAGUGAACGCAGCACUGGGAGCUGGUCUGCUCAAUUUCCCUGCAGCCUUCAGUAUGGCAGGAGGAGUGACUGCAGGAGUUAUGCUUCAAAUGUUUAUGCUGAUCUUCAUAAUCAGUGGACUGGUGAUCCUGGGCUACUGCUCCCAGGUCAGUAAUGAAAGCACCUAUCAAGAGGUUGUGCGGGCCACCUGUGGGAAAGUGACAGGAGUCCUAUGUGAAGUGGCCAUUGCUGUGUACACCUUUGGCACUUGUAUUGCGUUCUUUAUUGUCAUUGGAGACCAGCUGGAUCGCUUGAUGGAUGCAGUGAAUGUUGACACAGCUGAUCCAGUCAGUGGCAAUUGGUACACUGACCGCAAGUUUACCAUCUGUGUUACUGCAUUCCUGAUUAUUCUUCCUCUCUCCAUCCCCAAAGAGAUUGGCUUUCAGAAGUAUGCGAGCGCACUGAGUGUGAUGGGAACCUGGUAUGUGACCAUCGUGGUCAUCAUAAAGUACAUCUGGCCAAGUAAAAAUAUGACUCCGGGCCACAUUCCUGACGGUUCUGCUUCCUGGACUGCAGUUUUCAAUGCAAUGCCCACCAUUUGCUUUGGUUUCCAGUGCCACGUCAGCUGUGUGCCGGUGUUCAACAGCAUGCGCAGAAAAGAGAUUAAACCUUGGGGAAUUGUGGUCACUUUUAGCAUGAUCAUCUGCCUCUUCGUCUACACAGGGACAGGUGUCUGUGGCUUCCUGACAUUUGGCUCCAAUGUCAGUCAGGAUGUGUUGAUGUCGUACCCUCCGGAUGAUAUUGCUGUGGCCAUCGCGAGAGCUUUUAUUGUCAUCUGUGUCAUCACCUCCUACCCCAUCUUACACUUCUGUGGCAGGGCAGUCAUAGAAGGACUUUGGCUGCGUUUUCAAGGCGAGCAGGUGGAGGUGUGUGUGCGCCGUGAGCAGAGGAGGAGAAUCCUGCAGACACUGGUGUGGUUUACUGUCACCCUUGUCCUCGCCCUCUUCAUCCCAGAUAUUGGUCGGGUGAUCUCGCUGAUCGGAGGAUUGGCAGCCUGCUUUAUCUUUGUCUUCCCAGGUUUGUGUUUGAUGCAAGCCAAGCUGUCAGAGACAGAUAGCCGAACUGCAAGCUGGCAUGGAUUGGUGAUCUUCGGUGUUGUCAUGGUUACGAUUGGAGCUUUCAUCUUUGGUCUCACCACGUCCAACUCCAUCUAUAAAGACAUUGUCAGCUAAAAGGAACACAUUUAUCAGCGGUGUUUAAUACAGAGGGGGGGGGGGUGUAGUCCUGUGCUGCUAUACUGAACUAUGAUGGAGAAGCAUCUCAUGACACUCAUUUUACAAAAUCAACUCCGGCAUGUCACACCCCUGCCCCAUACUGAGUUAAAGCUCCACAGCUCUGUACUCAGUCAGGUAGUAGUCAGAGCCACCCCACAAUGCCAAAUGACUUCAGACACUUUGCCUUUUAUUUAAUGUACAGUUUAAUUUGCAUGUUUUUACGAUGGUUUUAACUUGCAGUGAAAACCGUUUGACGGUUCAGGGGCACCGAGGGGCCUCCCCCGUCUCUGGACCCGGUAUGGGUGACACAUUCCUGUCCUGUUUACAAGAGCCAAAGGACUUUGUAUAAAAAGGUCUACGAUCAAAUUGAUUUUAAUAAUGAAAUUGUACCAAUUUGUGUAUUUUAACUUGCAUGUCAAAGUAAAUGAUUCUUAUUGAAAAAGACAUGCAGUGGUUUUCAGGUCUCAUCCAGGUCCAGACUAUGUUGCCACUGCUGAUAGUUUGACCACAAAUUAAUAAUUCAGUCUCAAAUGGAAUAUUCAAGUGAGUGAUACAGUUGCACGCAAAAUCAUUAAUGAGUAUUGGACAGUUCAAAUCUUACUGAUUUGUUAACUUUCAGUCAGUACCUCCUAAACGAGCUGGACAAAGUGAGCUGUUCAACUGUUUGGGCAAUGAACGCUAACUGUAUUUAUGGUUGCAAUGAUAUCAGUAUUUUAAUGGUACAAUAACUGUCUCAGAAAAUAUCAUUCUCAUGGAAUCACUGUAUAUGGUAUUAUCAUUAUAAUCAGUUAAGA